GAAAUUCAUGCUGAUCAAGUUUGGAAUCAAAAUUAUUAUUUUGGAACGUGAUUACUAGUUACGUACGGUUUGGGUAGUCAGUUUAAGUUCAAAGUGUAUUAGACCGCAAUGUCUCGCAUUCAGGAUGCGGUCGCCUUACUACGGGCGCUAAAAAUAGUGGCGGAAGCAGCGACAAAAACGCAAAGUGAAUACGCCCGGCACUUGUGGGCUAAUUCCAGUAUGCGGGAAUUGCUAGAGCAGCAGCUGCAACAGGGUGAGAAUACGGUGAAAAAAGUUCUUCAAAAUCCAGAACAAGAAUUGGCCAAAGCUGGUGAAUUGCUAAAGGAAACGCUGGAACGCACGGCAGUUGUAGCCGAAGGAAUAAAACAGCUGACAGCGAUAUCCGUUCCACAGUUUACGACUACCCCGGGGAAAUCGUUCACUUUUGGUAACCAAAGCGCGGCUACCGGAACAGCUGACGGAGGAGCUAAUCCAAAAGAUACCCCGUCGGAUAUCGGCAACCUGGACAUCUCUCAAAUUACGCUCAAAGAGCUGGAAGCAAUACUGUCAGAGCACAACAAAAAUCGCCAGGUUAAUCUUAGCUUCAAAAGUGAUAAACGUAAACCUUUGGAAUCAACGAGUAGUUCGGAUCGGCCUAACGCAAAACCAGAGCUUUCACCAAGGCAAACGGAUUUUCAGCCCCCACCUCCAUCAACAGCUGACGAAAAACAAAUUAAAAAAAUGAUGAACAUCGUAUCCUCUUACGAGACAACCAAGCAAUCAGAACCCCCUGCUGCACAAGCAUCGCCCAGCACACCUAUCGAUCUACCUCAAUUAAGUGCCGUUGCCAAGCAGCGUAAGGUUCCGUCCUCACGAGUGGCUCGUUUGGCUUCUUUCGGAGGGCUUUUCGCUGGAUUGGGCUUGGGCACGGUGAAUGAACUUGCCAAAGGUGUCUUAGGUCUAGGAGGAACUUUAGAUCCAAAAGAAGCUCUUUUCAGCGCAGAUAACGCUGAACGUAUUGUAGAUACUCUCUGUAAAGUACGUGGUGCUGCCUUGAAACUAGGACAAAUUCUCAGUAUUCAAGAUUCGAAUGUAGUAUCGCCUCAAUUAGUGAAAGCCUUCGAGCGCGUCCGUCAGGCAGCGGAUUACAUGCCCGAUUGGCAGGUAGAGAAGCAGUUGGUUAGCGAGUUUGGAGAAAACUGGGCGGGUAAGCUGGCCAGCUUUGACAGGAAACCGUUUGCGGCCGCUUCCAUCGGGCAGGUUCAUCGAGGAGUGUUGCACGAUGGAACCGAAGUUGCUAUCAAGAUUCAGUAUCCCGGUGUGGCUCGUAGUAUCGAAAGUGACAUUGAUAAUCUAGUCUCCAUGCUCAAAGUGUGGGAUGUAUUUCCGGCCGGUGUGUUUAUCGAUAAUGUUGUGACGGUUGCCAAGCGGGAGCUUGCUUGGGAGGUGGAUUACAAUAGGGAGGCCGAAUAUACGGAAAGGUUUGGUGAAAUGAUUCAGCACAUGCCGGAGUUUCGCGUUCCCAAAGUGAUACGGGAGCUGACGUCGAAGAAUAUACUGACGACCGAACUUGUGGCUGGAGUUCCGAUGGAUAAGUGCUUUAAUAUGAGUCAGGAACAUAAGGAUCACAUCGCACGAGCAGUAAUGAAAUUAUGCUUACAUGAAUUGUUCACUUUUCGCUGCAUGCAGACGGAUCCGAACUGGUCAAAUUUCCUGUACGAUAGCAACACCGGAAAAAUCAUGUUGAUCGAUUUUGGCGCCACACGGUUUUACUCUAAACCAUUUAUGGAUGAUUACAUGCAGGUCAUCCAAGCGGCCACCAAAAAUGACCGAAAACGUAUCCUGGAGCUGUCACGGAAAAUGGGCUUCCUCACUGGCUACGAAUCACAAACAAUGGAGCAAGCCCAUGUCGAUGCCGUCUUAAUUCUUGGUGAGGUGUUUAGUGUUGAGGGCGAAUUUGAAUUCGGAAGACAGAGUACGACGAAAAAAAUUGCAGCUCUAGUGCCGGUAAUGGUUGCCCAUCGGUUGUGCCCUCCGCCGGAAGAAAUUUACUCACUUCAUCGAAAGUUAUCGGGUGUUUUUCUACUGUGCUCGAGGCUCAAUGCUAAAAUUGACUGCAAACCAUUGUUCAAUGAAGUUUCAAAACAUUACACUUUCGGUUAAGUACGACAAAUA